AUGGCCACCAUGGAUAAAAUAUUCGCCGGCUACUCCGCCCGCAAAGCCGCCCUCGAGGCCAUUACCAGCAACCCUUUCACUCAAGGCAUCGCCUGGAUCGAAGGCAAUCUCAUUCCGCUACAUGAAGCUCACAUUCCCUUGCUCGACGAAGGCUUCCUCCACGGCGACCUGACCUACGACGUCCCCGCCGUCUGGGACGGGCGCUUCUUCCGCCUGGACGACCAUCUUUCGCGGUUAGAGCUCAGCUGUGCGAAACUACGCAUGAGGCUGCCUAUUCCACGAGACAAGAUCAAGCGCAUUCUUAUCGAUAUGGUGAUCCGCAGCGACCUUCGCGACGCAUACGUCGAGCUUAUUGUCACGCGCGGUCUGCAAGGCAUCAGGGGUAGCAAAGACCCCCUCAGCCUCACAAAUAAUCUGUAUCUAUUCAUCAAGCCGUAUGUCUGGGUGAUGGAGCCCGAGGUGCAGCGCACGGGCGGGCAUGCGGUUGUCGCACGCACAGUACGACGUGUCCCACCCGGAGCAAUUGAUCCGACAGUCAAGAAUCUGCAAUGGGGGGAUUUGGUUCGUGGGGCGCUGGAGGCGGCGGAUCGAGGGGCGACGUAUCCGUUCUUGACGGACGGGGAUGCGCAUCUUACUGAGGGAUCAGGGUAUAAUAUCGUUCUGGUUAAGGAUGGGGUGAUCUAUACUCCUGAUCGAGGGGUGUUGCAUGGGGUCACGCGGAAGAGUGUUAUGGAGAUAGCGCGAGGAAUGGGAGUUACGGUUCGCUUGGAGCCUACGCCAGUCGAUCUGGCUUAUCAGGCUGAUGAGAUCUUCAUGGUCGGUGAUGGGAAGGUUGGGCCGCUGACAAGAAUGAUAUGGGAUAAGUAUUGGGACAUGCAUUAUGACCCAGCUUAUAGCUUCGCUAUUCAGUACAAAGGUUCCUCGGACAACCGUGCGAAGCUCUGA